AAUCUAACAAAAGAUUUUUCAGUAUGUAAAAAUCAAAAUUACUGAUAAUUAAGUCGCGAGUAAAUAAUGUAAAAAUUCAAUAAUUGAAACUAAUAAAAAAAAAAUAGCAAAAGCAUACUUUAAACUUUAAAGGACGGAAGGAGUAAUUGCUAACAAUGAAAACAAGGCAAAUAAAAGUGGAAAAAAAAACAUAUCCCACAUUGAUGAUCCCCAAAACCACAUGUAUGUUUUAUGCUUUAUUCCCUUCUUAUCUUCUCCAUAAGUGGCAAAGAAAAUGAGAGAACCCCACUACUCUGUCUUCAUCUUUUUCUAAACUAGUCAUUACCUCAUUCCUACUAUUUCACAACAGUCCCAACAAAAAAAAAGCAGUAAACAACUCUACCACCAUUUCUAAUCCCAAUACUACUAGUGGGUAGUGUAGUAGUGUACUAUCACUCCCAAAUUUAGUAGAGCAGAAGAUCUAACACGUUUUUUUCUAACUAGUACUUGAAAAACUGCUUUGUUUGGAUACCUACCUUUGUCUUAAUUUUCCCACAUCUCUAAAAAUAACCUUUCAAAACCUAAGAAGGUACGUACUUACUACUUUUUCACUCUUCCAAACAUGGCAAAUCCAGAUUCAAGCAAUAUACUAAAACAAGAAUCACAUGAACAAGAGAGAGACAAUGAACAACAACAACACAACAACAACAACAACAACAACAACAACAACAACAACAACAACAACAACAACAACAACAUAAAUUACCCUGUUUCACUUGACUUGAAUCUUUGUUUCAAUCCAAACAAGGAAUUAAGUAAUGAAAUGGGUGAUGAAAUAAUUGAUGAUAAGAUGAACAUGAUGGGUGAAAAUGAAAUAUUACCACCCAAUAACAGUAGAGUAUUCUCAUGUAAUUACUGCAGGAGGAAAUUCUUUAGCUCACAAGCACUUGGAGGUCAUCAAAAUGCUCAUAAAAGAGAAAGAACUAUUGCUAAAAGAGCUAUGAGGAUUGGUGCUUUAGCUGAUAGACAUGUCAGUUUAGCAUCUCUACCUCUCCAUGGUUCUCCUCCUUCAUCUUCUUCAUAUCAUCAUCCUAUUUCAUCUAGACCAUCUAUUGAUAUUCAAGCACAUCAUGGAUCUAUGAUGAUGAUGAUGCAUCCUCAUCAUCUUCAAACAUCCCCCAUAUCAUCACAUCAUCAUCAUGAUGACCAUCAUCAAGGUAUGCCUUUUCAUGAUCUACAAGGUUUGUCAGCUCCAAAAUUUGAAGGGCAAAAUGGGUAUUUUCUUGGGGGUGUACCUGUCUUUAAUGCGGUGCCGUUUUGGCCAGGAAGUUUCAGGCAAGUGGAUGAUGAGGCUGAUAGUUCAGCUCUCAUUAUUUCUAAUAAUAAUUUUCAUCAUCAUCAUCAUCAUCAACUGGAAAACCAAGAUUCUUGUCCUGAUCUUACAUUAAAGCUAUAAUCUUUUUGUUUAAUCUUAUCUUCUUUUUAUUUCUUCUUAUUAUCUUCUUUGUGUUACUUAGUUUUGUUGGCAUGAGAUUUGUUAAGGUUUUGUACAGGAGCUAUACCACAAUUCAUUAUUUGACCUUUUCAA